AUGAAGUUCACCACCGUCACCGCUCUCCUCUUUGCGACUCUCACCCUCGCCAACCCUCUCGGCACGCCGACAAAGCGCGACCCCGUGCCUUGCGUCCCGGACGACCCGCUGAGCUGCACCAACAUUGGAGCCGUGAAGCGGGAGCCGGAGCCGGAGCCGAAGCCCGAGGCUAAGGCGUGCGUGGUCGACGACCCUACCAGCGGCUGCUAG